CGUUGCUGGUAGGGACUAACUGAGUGAGUGAGUGACCACUGCGGCAGGAAGAAUGUCCCAGUGCCAAGAGCAGAGCCUCUCACUCCAUCUCUCCCGGAACCUCACAUAGUGGACGCGGUUCCCACAGCGCAGCGGCUCCCUCUGUACCGCGACCAACACAGUUUGGAUUGCCCCCUCCGUUAGCUGCCAGGCAGAGAGAGCUCCUUGACAGGGAUUUACAAACGGAAGACAUCGUUUUAAAGACCUUGUUUGUCUAUGUCUGCAGCAGAUCGCAGUCACUGAGACCGCACUGCUCUCUAUUCACAAUCUACGGAUUAUUCCUGAUUGACAGCAAAUACCAAGCCACACUCGGAUCUGCGCCUCUUGUUUUUUAUUAUUAUUCUGUUGGGGAGUCGCUCCCGACCUGGAGUGUGGAGCUGAGGCGAGCUGACGAUGGCUUCUUUAUCUCCGAGGUGUAGCUGCCCGAGCCUCAGGAAGACUGUAGCCAGCCUGCUGUUAGCGCUGCUCGGCACGGUGCUGGCCUUCAGCAGCUUGGUUCUCGCCUGUCCUGCUUCCUGUAGAUGUAGCGGCUCCAGGAUCACCUGCACUGAACCCGGCAUCGUGGCUUUCCCGGUGCUGCCGUCCACAGCUGAGAUGGAGAACAUCACAGAAAUCUACAUUGCGAAUCAACCCAAUCUGUCAGGUAUCAAUGAACGCGACAUGGAACCUUACACUGGACUGAGAAAUCUAACAUUGGUUAAUUGUGGAUUGACAUUUAUUUCACGACAAGGAUUCUUUAAUAACCCUCGGCUUCAAUACAUCAACCUUGCCAAUAACAGAUUUUCAAGCUUGUCCUGGAAGCCUUUUCGAUAUUUGGAACUGACCCAUUUGAUCUUAACAGAAAACCCAUUCCUCUGCUCUUGUGGCAUUGCAUGGAUCCAGUUGUGGCAGGAAAAUAACCUGGCCACUCUAGACGUUCAGAACCUGACAUGUCGAGGGGAGAAUGACUGGAGGAUAACCCUAUCAUACAUGAAGAUCCCAGACUGUGAGUUGCCUAAAGCUUCUGUAAACAUUACAAAUGUUACUGUGAUUGAAGGGGGAGAAGCUGCAAUACAAUGUACUGCUCUAGGCCACCCAAUUCCCACUGUGGACUGGCAAAAUCACAUUCUCUACUCGACUUACCAGUUAGCAGAAACCUCCAGACCACCAAUAAUAUUAAAGCUCAGCAAUAUUUCUGGUGUUGACAAUGGACAGCAACUUAUCUGCACAGCAGAAAAUAUAGUUGGAGAAUCUAAGGCUUUUGUCAACCUAACAGUUCUCUUUCCUCCUAGAAUAAUAUUGUUGGGAGAGGCAAUUCCAGACCACCGUUGGUGCAUUCCUUUCAGCGUAACAGGCAACCCACCACCCAAAAUUCAAUGGUACCACAAUAAUUAUCCUCUGAAUGAGACAGAUUUUAUACUGACACAAAUUCAUGAGGAAAAUAUCAGUGAGCAACAUGGCUGCUUGCAGCUGGACAAUCCGACCCAUCUGAACAACGGGAACUAUACUCUAUACGUUUAUAAUGAUUUAGGACAGGAUAAGGGCACUAUAUAUGCUCAUUUCAUGCACCAUCCUCCGGGUUCAGGCAAUGAACCAAUUACAGAUCCUGGAUUUUAUGAUGCAUAUGACCAGUUUGUGGAUAUCUUCGGUGUGACCUCAGACAAUUCAACUGCAAUUGGCCCACCUAAUGUCACAGAAAAGACAAUGGAGGAUGGCAUUGCUGUAUAUGUUGUCGUUGGGGUUGCAGCUUUGGCAUGCACUGGACUGAUACUAAUGCUAAUAAUUCUCAAGUUUGGAAAACACUCCAAGUUUGGAAUGAAAGGUCCUUCUUCAGUAAUCAGCACUGAUGAUGAUUCAGCCAGUCCAUUACAUCAUGUAACUAAUGGCAGCAACACUCCAUCCUCCUCAGAAGGUGGACCUGAUGCAGUUAUCAUUGGGAUGACAAAGAUUCCUGUGAUUGAAAACCCGCAGUACUUCAGGAAUUCUCAUGGUUUACUCAAACCUGAUACUUUUGUCCGAAACAUCAAACGGCACAAUAUUGUCCUGAAGAGGGAGUUGGGUGAAGGAGCCUUUGGCAAAGUAUUUCUUGCUGAAUGUCAUAACCUUUGCACAGAAGAUGACAAAACCUUGGUGGCAGUGAAGACAUUGAAAGAAGCCAGUGACAACGCACGCAAGGACUUCCAUCGUGAAGCAGAGUUGUUGACCAACCUGCAGCAUGAGCACAUUGUGACAUUCUAUGGUGUGUGUGUGGAAGGUGACCCCCUCAUUAUGGUUUUUGAAUACAUGAAGCAUGGAGAUCUCAACAAAUUUCUCAGGUCUCACGGACCCGAUGCUGUAUUCCUCAAUGAUGGCCAGUGCAACAGAAUGGCAGAGCUGACUCAGUCACAGAUGCUACAUAUUGCAAUGCAGAUAGCAGCAGGGAUGGUCUAUCUGGCAUCUCAACACUUUGUUCACCGUGACUUGGCUACUCGGAACUGCCUGGUGGGAGAAAACCUACUGGUGAAGAUUGGUGAUUUUGGAAUGUCAAGAGAUGUAUACAGCACAGAUUACUAUCGGAGCUUUUCCCCUAAUUCCAAUGACUUCUAUUUUAUGUGUCAGGUUGGUGGUCAUACCAUGCUUCCAAUUCGCUGGAUGCCCCCUGAGAGCAUUAUGUACAGGAGAUUCACCACUGAAAGUGAUGUAUGGAGUUUGGGGGUGGUGUUAUGGGAAAUCUUUACCUAUGGAAAACAACCCUGGUAUCAGCUAUCAAACAAUGAGGUUAUUGAAUGCAUCACACAAGGCCGUGUGCUUCAACGCCCUCGAACUUGCCCGAAAGAGGUGUAUGACCUGAUGCUUGGUUGCUGGCAGCGUGAACCACACAUGAGGCUCAACAUCAAGGAAAUUCACAGUCUCCUCCAAACAUUGGCAAAGGCCUCCCCAGUCUAUCUGGAUAUUCUUGGCUAA